UGUAUUUAUCUUUCUCUUGAAAGUCUCUUUUUCUGAUGGUGGCUUACAGCAGAAACCCUGCCCUCCUAUGUGUAAGCUUAAGUUUGGCUGCGUAUAUGGAUUCGCUCAUGACGAGAACGGAUGUAAACUUUGUGCAUGCAGAACGAAACCUUGUCCACCCCGCUGUAAGAUGCGAUGCGAAGAUGGCUACGUACGUGAUAAGGAAGGAUGUGAAUUGUGUAUAUGCAAGAUAAAGCGUUGUCCACCAGUAUGUGCGAAUUAUUGUCCGUUCGGCAGAGUGUACAUCAAUGGAUGUCCCACUUGUACAUGCAAAGGACCUGGAGAUGGUGAUCCGCUAGACUGGAUACGAUAGAACUUUGUAUUUACAGCAAUUAAAGAAUAACUUGUUCCUCAUCA